UUUCGAUGUGCCAACUAUCAAAAUCGUGUAUUAGUACAAAUUAAUUACUUUUGUACUUCUGAAGUUCAUUUAAUAGUUUUUACUUAAGAAGUACUAAUUUUCCUUUUACCAGAGUCAUGUUUUACACCACUAGCUGUACCUCUACUAAAGUGCAGAGUGUGAUUACCACUUCUGCAGGAUACUGAGUUAGCAGAGAAAUGUGAGCCUUCUAUGACCGGCAGCAUCCCCAUGGCAAUAACACCACACAACUGGUUAGAGCAGGUUGCACAGGAGAUGCUGUCACCACCAUUAGCGUACCUGUAGUAGUAUUUAUUACCUGCCACUUCACAUUCGAAGACGAAUACAAUGCACAGGAAGAAAGUCAUCAAAGUGAAAAAGACGAAAACCAGGAGAGGAAAGAAGAGUGGACAACGGGAGCCCAAAACGGACAAAGAAUUUGCCUUGGCUCAGGCCAAAGCUAAUAUUGCCCUCUGGGAGCUAAAGCUACGGUUAACUGAGGAGACUCUCGCGGGAUAUCGCGAGAGCUGCGGCCAGCUGGCGCGCGCCAAUGACCAACUCAGCAACAAGUUGGCACACAUGGAGCGGGAAAUCCUGGACGUCAGCGCCCACCGGCAGAGGCAGGAUGCCGCUAAAAAUGACAAGGUUAAUGUGCUUCACGACAUGCUCAAAAGUCAAGAGGGGCUAGCUCUUGAGCAGCAGAACAAACUGGUUGAACAUUACACGCUUGAAAUCAAUGAGAUGAAGGAGGUGUUCAGAAAGCGAGCCGGUGAGUUCGAGAUGAUACAGGUUGGAAUAAGGAAGAUUGAGGAGUUCCAGACGAGGAAAGCUCAGAAGGAGCAGGAGCUCAGGGAUAUCAGAAAAAGCAUGGAACAAGCUGAGGAGGAGAACAGGGAAAACUGCAACAAGAUGGAGUACAGAUUCUUCAAAGAAAAGGCUCAACUGGAGAGGGAAGCUGAGCAAAUGAUAGCACAGGUGGAGGAGCAAGCCCACCAUGAAGCUGUUUUACAGCUGGACGACGCCUCACGCUGCGUGUUCAAGGAGAACGUCCGUCUCAAUGAGACACUGAAGCACCACAUGAAGGAGGCAGAGGAGCUGCACAAACUGGUAAAUUCGUUGACCAAGAAAAACACAUCCCUGGCAAUGGACAAGAAGACACUGGAGAUGCUGGCAAAGAUAAAUGCAGCCAAAAUGGUGGCACAAAAAGAAGAGCUAACCCAUUUGAAAGAAAAAGUAGCUUCUCUGGAGCAGAUUGUGGAACAUAAAAGGGAGGAACAAGAGUGUCGUCAGGAGAAGAUGUUGCUCGGUUCCCAGGCCGCCGAGGCAGAGUUAGAGAAGCUUCAGUGGGUGCUCUCUAUGCGGGAGAACGAACUGAAGCAGAUCAAGAGGCUAGCUAGCGGCAUCAUGGAGCAGCGCACCGAGCUGGAGCGCUUCUUCUAUGAGGCACUGGCUCAGGUGAAGGAGCAAAUAGCGGCCAGAGGGCUGCAGUACAAGAAAGAGGCACAGCGGACUUAUCAGUGGACACUCAAACAGGCCACAGCAGGAAGGAUCAAGUUCCCACCCAUCCGCACCUUCCAGAACACCAACUCGGUCUACUCGGACAUUGAGAAGGCCGCAGAGUGGAUGCAUCAACCAGGAAGUCAAGUGGACAUUUCAGACCUCACUUGGGAACAAAAGGAGCAAGUUCUCCGACUCCUGUUUGCUAAAAUGAAUAGUCAAAGGCCAAGGAGAGCCAACAAUCUGGUGCCGUCCUCAUCUGACAGUCAUAUCGCUGGGUCAGACACCAAAUGAAAUGUUCUGGAAAUAAAAGUUGUAUCUCAUCCAUCCAUCCAUCCAUCCAUCUCAUCCUUGCAAUUACAAAGCCUGCGGAUUUAGAGCCCCGCAUUCCAGGUUGAGCUCCAAAGACGCUGUGCUGUGAGAACAUGAGUGAUGAAGCCGUUACAUUUCUGCCUGUAUAAUGAUCAUGAAUUCCUUUUGAAUUAGAGAGGAGCCUGCACCCUGUCAACCUUCAUUACUCAGGCGCCUGACUCUCCCCUACCCACCAACACCAACUGCCUGGCGGAGAACCGCACCACAUGAUCUCUAUGUAGCCUCGUUGUCCAUCAUCAAGCUUUUGAUUGGUCGUC